CGGGUGGCGGAAGGCGGCGGGUGGCCAGGCGGACUGGAUGGGCGCCCUGCCGCCGCCGCUCAGAGCCCGCCCGCUGGCGCACCUCGCCAUCCCAGGGUCACAUGAUUCUUUCAGCUACUGGGUUGAUGAGAAAUCUCCAGUGGGACCAGACCAAGCAACAGCAGUUAAACGUUUAGCUAAAAUUUCUUUGGUUAAAAAGCUAAUGAAGAAGUGGUCAGUUACUCAAAACCUGACUUUCAAGGAGCAGCUGGAAAGUGGAAUCCGCUACUUCGAUCUGCGUGUAUCUUCCAAGCCAGGAGAAGUGGAGAAGGAGAUCUACUUCAUACAUGGCUUGUUUGGCAUCAGAGUUUUGGAUGGGCUGAUGGAGAUUAACAGCUUCCUCAUGCAACACCCCCGAGAAGUCAUUUUCCUGGAUUUCAAUCAUUUCUAUGCCAUGGAUGACAGUCACCACCUGUACCUGAUCAGCAGGAUACAGAAAGCAUUUGGAUCAAAACUUUGCCCAGUGCAACCUGUAGAAAAAGUUACUUUGCAAUAUUUGUGGGAGUUGAAACAGCAGGUUCUCAUAUUCUACCAUUACCCUCUGUAUCAGGAUUAUUCCUUUCUGUGGCCAGGAAACAAGAUGCCAGCCCCAUGGGCCAACACAACAAAUGUGCACAAACUUUUACAGUUUUUAGAGACUACCCUUGGGGAGCGGUCUCAGUAUGGAACUUUCCACGUUUCUCAAGCUAUUCUCACUCCUAGAGUCAAAACCAUUGCCCGGCAUCUAAUCCGUGGCCUAAAAAAUACACUAGUUCACAGGAACCUCCCUAUGAUUUUGAAUUGGGUAAAGACACAGAAACCUGGUGUUAUGGGCGUUAACAUAAUUACAUCAGACUUCGUGGAACUGGUCGACUUUGCUGCUACAGUGAUUGCGUUAAACAAUCUUCUGUUAGAAGGCGACAGAGCUGUGACUAAAUCCUGAUAGCUCUGUUUCUCACUCUAAAUUUAAUCCUGUUCUGCUUAUGAGGAUUUGGAGUCUUCCAGCUGUGCAAAAUGCAGUAGUUUUAUUUAUUUAUGUAUUUAUUUGGAACAAAGCCAUGGUUUCAAACAAAGCGCAGUUAAGACUAUAUACAUUGAGGUCUGUUCUUUUGUUGCUGUGACAGUUUGACCUGAACACUAAGUACCGAGCACUGCUGCGUGGCUGUUUGUGGCUAUGCGUUUGACACAUCUGCCUGUGACAGGAGGUUGUUUGCCUGCCAACAGGAGGCUGGACUCUCAAGCAGAUGUAACCAAUUAUUGGCAUCAUCUCCCCAGUGAUGGCUUGCUGUUUGUGCAUGCAUCCUUCAUGUUACUGAAUCCAGGACUCAAACCAAGCAUUGUUACUGAUUCCCUAUGCAGCAGUUCUGGCAGGCUAGCCAAAAAGGCAUCCAUCUCCUCCUGGCUGCAUCAGUCAGAGCUUUGCUAGUUUCAUCUGAAAGUCUUUGUUUCUUUAUUACACUGGAAGCUACCUCUGAUUUUCUUUAAAGGAACAGUGUCCCCACAGAGACAAGCUGUUAUUCUUUGUACAAUAUUUUAAAUAAACUUGGACUCAGGUGCAAAGUUUGGAUCUGAACUUCAGAAUCUCAGGGCCUUUUGACUUCAAGGUUUUUCUUUUGGCUUGUCUUUAUUUUUAGGGACAUGUGUAAUAAAUCCAUGAGAGCAGGCUGCAGGUGCACUUUUGUGCUUUGAAGAUUGUUUCCUGUUGAGGUUUUCUUGGAAGGUACUGGGGUGGGGAGGUAAGCUGUGUGCAAAAAGACAAAUAUAUGCAUGUUAGUAAGUCAGUUGGGUGUUAUUCGCUGUGGUAUUCAUUUUGAGAUGUAAUGUAGCAAACAUUAGUGCAAAACCCAGACCUCUUCAUUCAUGUGAAUCUUCCUCCCACUCUAAUUAGGGUUUUGAUUUGUUGUUUUUCCUCUCACCCCUUCAUCUUAAGAUAUAUUGGAAAUAGCUAAAAACUGAAAUUUUGUUAAGUAUCUGAUCAUCAGGGAUCCUAGUUUUACACAAGGAAAAAAAGCAAGAAAAUCUCCAUUUAAAAAACCCCACAAAACUCUGUGUUUUUCUGUGGCCUACCAAAAGUGCAGUGCCAUCCCCCUGGAAGUGGUGCCAUUUCUGCUGUCUUUUUAUUUUUACUGCACUUUUUGCCUCUUGGCCA